AUGGCUACUACAAUUCCAAAAGAGCCCCUCGUGGCUAUCGUGGGCACAACUGGCACAGGAAAAUCAGAUCUCGCGAUAGACUUGGCACUCAAAUUCAAUGGCGAAGUUAUCAAUGCCGAUGCUAUGCAGAUGUAUAAAGGCCUGCCAAUUAUCACAAACCAGCUUACCCUGGAAGAGCAAAAAGGUGUUCCGCACCAUUUACUAGGAAUUAUUGACCCUAAUGAGGCAAGUUGGAAUGUUGAUGUAUUUGCGCGCGAGGCGACUAGGCUCAUUCACGAUAUUCGGAGCAGAGGGAAGCUGCCUAUUGUAGUAGGCGGCACGCAUUAUUACAUUCAUGCCUUACUAUUCGACGACAAAUUGAUUAGCUUGAAAGGUGCCAACGACGAUGUUCUGAAACAUCGACCCGCACAGGAAAAUGCAGUCCAUUUUCCAAUCUUGGACGGGCCUACCGAUGUAAUGCUCAAACGCCUUCGAGAGGUAGACCCAGAAUUGGCGGACCGGUGGCACCCGGAUGAUCGCCGCAAGAUUAGGCGUUCUCUCGAAAUAUUCCUAACUACGGGAAAACGCGCGUCGGAUAUCUAUAGCGAGCAGAAGCGAGCAAAGGAAUUAUCCAAACAAACGAGUGGUCCUUGGCAGUCCUUGAUUUUCUGGGUAUAUACCGAGCCAGAAGGCUUAAAGGAACGUCUUAACAAGAGAGUAGAUAAGAUGUACAAAAGCGGGUUGAUGGACGAGGUAAGACUUUUGCACGAAAGCCGGCGAGCACGGACCGGGCGGGGCGAAAAUGUAGAUCUUACCCGGGGAAUAUGGCAGUCCAUAGGAUACAAGCAAAUGGAGUUAUUUCUCGAGGCCGAGCGAAAUCAUGAGAGCCCUGAUGAGAAGGAUAAGCUAAAAGUAGCCGGACUGGAAGAUAUCAAAACUGCGACAAGGCAAUACGCAAAAUACCAGUUACGAUGGCUCCGACAAAAAACCAUUCCAGCAUUGAAAGAGCACGAGGCAACGGACUAUCUGUUUCUAUUAGACAGUUCCAACCCUGAUAAUUUUUCGACGGCCGUUCUUGAACCAGCUUCGCAAAUUUGUCAAGGGUAUCUAAACGGCGACGCUUUAGCGAAGCCAACCGAAGUAUCAGAUACGGCACGCGAAGUUUUGACGGCGUACGAUGAAGAUAACUCGGCACCAAAAGCUCCACUUAAGGUCAGGACUUGCGAGUUGUGUAAUGUCUCUCUCCAGUCGGAAGAGCAGUGGCAAAAACAUAUUAAAGGGCGAAGGCAUUAUCGUGCUCUUCGAGGUAAAAAGAUGACUGCACUUGUGCCUGUUGAUUCUGACACGGGAGUGAAAGAUAGAUUAUAA